AUGCCUUCUACAGCGCACCAAGCUGCGUUGGAUCUUUAUAAAUCUGCGGUAGAGUUAGAAGUUGAUUUGCGUCAGCUGUUAAAAGAGAGACAACCUUUUGAUAAAGAAGUGGCUACAGUUCGUUCAAAGUUGCGAGAUAAUUAUGAAAAAAUUAUAUUUUUGGAUUUUGAUUUUGCCCAAGUGAAAGAUAUAGAGCAAAGUUUAUGGAAAUACGUCUUUUACAGAGUCAUUGAGGAAUAUCGAAAGAGAAUUCGUUUGAGAACAAAUAUGCAGGCACCAACAAGUGGAGGCUCGUCCAAAGGACCAACUGCCCGAAAAUUGAUUGGCUCCUUUCGUUCAUUUUUGCAUGAGGCCACCGGAUUUUAUUAUUCUUUUAUUCAGAAGCUUGCCAUGCAUUUCCAACUUGAGCAGUUGGAACCAAUUAUUAAGAGAUUUGGAUUGAUAACAGAAGCUCUCGAUGAUUCUAAGACAUCAUUUUCAGAUGAUGUGAAGCAUAAGGCUGUGUUAAGUUGUCAUAAAAGUCUCAUAUUUCUCGGCGAUUUAGCUCGUUAUCGAGAAAUGCAGAAUGAGCGUCAAAGAAAAAAUUGGAACACGGCAAGUGAUUAUUAUUAUCAAGCACUUCAAUUGGUUCCCGAUAAUGGUAACCCACAUAACCAACUUGCAGUAAUCGCUACCUACAAUUUAGACGACCUUUCUGCAAUAUAUCGUUACUACAGAAGUCUUGUUGUUCGAUAUCCUUUUCUUACUGCUAAAGACAACCUUAGCUUCAUGUUCUCAAAGGCAAAAAAGGCUUCUGUGGAAAGCUCAGAAAACCCAUCACAGAAUCCUCAAAAUGAUAAAGCAGAAAACCCUAAUCGACGUCGCUUCUCGCAUCAACGGCCAGCCUCUUCAUCCGCACAAAUUAAUUAUCACCGGCAAAAAGCAACUGAAUCGAUGAACAUUGAAUUCAUAAGACUACAUAGCAUUUUAUACUUGAAAUCAAACGUGGAAAUAUUUCCCAAAUUAAAAACAUCAUUUUUAGAUAAAUUAAAAGAAAAUACGCUCGCUGUUGCAUUAGAAUCGGAUCAAAUUUUGAAAAUAUUAAUUAUUAAUAUCGCUGCUUUAUUCGUUUUGAGACACAUCAAUAAUGAAAAUGGACAGAGCAACGGCGUCGCAUAUUCUCAAUCAUCGAAAAAAGCUUUGAUCGAAAAAUUUGCCACUUUGCUAAUAUUGGAUACAUUCAAUGCUCUUUUGGAAGUAUGCAAUACGGAAUUUGAUGAAUUGUUAGAAGAUGCUAGGGAAACGCAGAGCGCUGUUCAAGUUCUUCCAGCUGCUGUCAAAAGGAUCUUAGCACCUUUACGUAUAGCCACCAAGUGGAUUAAAGUUAGUCUUGAAUACUUUGCCUUCAUGUCAGAUAUUAUAGCAAAGGACAAAAAUAUUAUGCACGAACAUGCAAAUUUCUCGAGAUUUUGGGGCUCUUUUGCUCAAUUCCUGAAUUCUCUGGAGAGACUUUUCCCUCACAAUCAAGGCAUUCCCAUUGACGUUCCGUUGCAUGAAGAUUUUGAGAUGAAUGGGUUUGUGGCGUUGAAAAGUGCUAAUGUUUUGAAGGCGCAAGAAUUAUUUUAUCAGGAUGAGCCGUUUGAGGAGUAUGAUAUGCGAAUUUAUGAUAUCGUUGAAGAUGCUAAAUCCAUUGCUGAUUCAAAGGAAUCAUUCCUUUAUUUUGUUGACGGGUUGUUUACCGCUAGAAAACCUGCUUCUCCUGUUAUUCCACCUUUAAAUGCACAUGUUGAUGUAGAAGAUGAGACAUCUAACGAGGGUGUCGCGGGAACACAAGAUUCUUUGCCAAACAACAAUAGCAACGAUUUGUUCGAAUCACAAUCAUUUGCUUCGAGUAGUCCUAAAGCUCUUAAAACUCAUAAUCCUAGUGUUACCUGCGAGGAGAAAAGACUAUCCCCAACUUCCCCUCCGAAAAUUAUUACUGUGACAGAAAUUCUUGAGGACAAAAAAACAUCAACAACUUCCCCAUCUAAUCCUAUCACUGUGGAAGCAUUAUUUAACAAUAGUCAGAAUAUUUUCACCGAGUCCAGAGGCCAGGAAGCUGAACAACAACAAAGUUAUUGGUAUUUCAACACACCUCAAUUAUUUGCAAGCAAUUUUAACGAGCUUCAAAACGUUAAAAACAAACUGAUAUCUUCCUCCGAUACGCUAAAUAAAACAAAUACGCACGACAUUGCCGCAAAACCGGAAAGUCCUAAAAAUAAUACAAAUGGCACUUAUAAGAAAUUUUCAUCUUUUUCACCCAAUUCUCCUCCGAUCGCAGGAGUUCCCGAUGCAUCCCAGGAUCCUUUGGUCCUUCCAACUAAUCGUCAGAAAACUAAUUCAGCUCCUGCACCACCAAAUCGUCUUAGUAUUCCCUCAAAUAGUGCCUCUUUAUUCGCCUUUCCUGGUCUAGAUAACGAUGUUGGUAGAUAUAAUCUCUUUGGGAUUAGAAGUUCAAUUUCUGACAAUAAUGCAACUCUAAACAAUGCUGAGUCCGGGCUGACGACGAGAACCUUGUUACCUCCGCCGGGAUUUUCUUCACCAAUAGGGCAUGGUUUUUCUUCAAACAAUAUAAAUUCGUCGCAAGCUUCCAAUGCAUUUGGAUUUUCAUCUUUUGAUGUUCAAUCACAAUUGCAGCGACAAGCAACGGAGGUUGUGUCUAAUGGAUUUCCUGGAUCACCGCCGCGAACGGAUGCCAAUUAUACUCUAGAUAAUAGAUUAUCUGGGAUAGAAUCCAAUGAGCUUCGAGCAAACUCUUAUUCUUGGUUCUCAAAUUCUGCAAUGACUGGAUCAGCUCAAUUUCCGGACGUUUCUUUUACGGAAAAGAGACAAUCGAAUCCAACGAAUGGUUCAUUGCCUUAUCUGUCCAAUGGCUGGACGCCUACUUCUUCUAUUGGCUAG